AGACGAGGAAGCAACCAUGUGCUAUGGUUUCUACUUGAUGCAGAUCGAUUCUCCAUUUCUUUGGGGAGAAAAGUUUGUUCUUGCGGCUUUCCCGGAAGAUCUGUUCUCCGGAGAUGGAGCAUAUGAUGAAAAAAGGGAGGUCUCUUGCAGAGACGCCGACUUACUCUGUUGCUUCCGUUGUUACUGUUUUGGUCUUUGUUUGCUUUCUCGUUGAACGCUCCAUUUACAGAUUUGGCAAGUGGUUAAAGAAGACUAGAAGAAAAGCACUUUUCACGUCGCUUGAGAAGAUGAAAGAGGAGUUGAUGUUGCUUGGACUUAUAUCACUGUUGUUGUCACAAAGCGCAAGAUGGAUUUCAGAAAUCUGUGUAAACUCUUCCCUUUUCAAUAGUAAAUUCUACAUUUGCUCUGAAGAGGACUAUGGAAUCCAUAAGAAAGUUCUUCUAGAACACACCCCCUCUACAAACAACACUUCCAUACAUCAUGGAAUACAUGAAGCCUCUCAUCAAUGUGGUCAUGGUCGUGAACCAUUUGUUUCGUAUGAGGGCCUCGAGCAACUCCUAAGAUUCUUAUUUGUUCUGGGUAUCACUCAUGUUCUGUACAGUGGCAUUGCCAUCGGUUUAGCCAUGAGCAAGAUUUACAGUUGGAGGAAAUGGGAAGCCCAAGCGAUCAUAAUGGCUGAAUCAGAUAUCCAUGCAAAGAAGACCAAGGUGAUGAAGCGUCAGUCUACAUUUGUUUUCCACCACGCCUCUCAUCCUUGGAGUAACAAUCGUUUUCUCAUUUGGAUGCUUUGUUUCUUGCGGCAGUUUAGAGGCUCUAUACGAAAGUCAGACUACUUUGCACUUCGGUUAGGAUUCCUCACUAAACAUAACUUGCCAUUUACAUACAACUUCCAUAUGUAUAUGGUACGGACGAUGGAAGAUGAGUUUCAUGGCAUUGUAGGAAUUAGCUGGCCACUUUGGGUCUACGCUAUAGUAUGCAUCUGCAUAAAUGUUCAUGGCCUGAAUAUGUACUUUUGGUUAUCAUUCAUCCCUGCUAUUCUUGUCAUGUUGGUUGGAACCAAACUUGAGCACGUUGUCUCGAAGCUUGCUCUCGAGGUUAAGGAGCAGCAGACAGGCACAACUAAUGGGGCUCAAGUCAAGCCACGUGACGGACUCUUCUGGUUUGGGAAACCAGAAAUUCUGCUACGGUUGAUACAGUUUAUCAUUUUUCAGAAUGCGUUUGAGAUGGCAACGUUCAUCUGGUUCUUGUGGGGAAUCAAGGAAAGAUCUUGCUUCAUGAAGAACCAUGUGAUGAUAUCAAGCCGGCUAAUUUCUGGGGUUCUCGUUCAGUUCUGGUGUAGUUAUGGCACUGUGCCUCUCAACGUAAUCGUCACUCAGAUGGGAUCUCGUCACAAGAAAGCUGUGAUAGCAGAGAGCGUAAGAGACUCACUUCACAGCUGGUGCAAAAGAGUGAAAGAGAGGUCAAAGCACACGAGAUCAGUGUGUUCUCUUGACACAGCAACAAUAGACGAGAGAGACGAGAUGACAGUAGGAACAUUGUCAAGGAGCUCGUCGAUGACUUCACUAAAUCAGAUUACCAUAAACUCCAUAGACCAAGCAGAGUCUAUAUUCGGAGCAGCAGCUUCAUCCAGCAGUCCUCAAGAUGGAUACACGUCGAGGGUCGAAGAAUAUUUGUCUGAAACAUUCAAUAACAUCGGUUCGAUACCACCUUUAAACGAUGAGAUUGAGAUUGAGAUUGAAGGUGAAGAAAAUAAUGGAGGGAGAGGAAGUGGGAGUGAUGAGAAUGGUGAUGAUGGAGAAACACUACUUGAGUUGUUUAGGAGGACAUGAUAUUGUUUCUGCUUUGAGAAGCUUGGUUAAGUUGUAAUUACAUGACGACAACCCUACAAGCAUACGUUAACAAAGUACUGUAUAUCUUAAUUUCAUUGGUCCUUCACUAAGGUGUCAUUCUGAUUUUAAACGGUUUAGGUCGGACUGAA